AUGUCCGCUGAAUCAGCCAGCGAAAUUCCUAAGGGACAGGUUGAUCUGUUAGAUUUCAUUGACUGGUCAGGUGUUCAAUGCCUCAACCAAAGCUCAACUAACUCCUUAACCAACGCUCUCAAGCAGGGGUAUAGGGAAGAUGCAGGUUUAAACUUAGAGAGUGAUGCUGAUGAACAGCUUCUAAUUUAUAUUCCUUUUAAUCAAGUUAUCAAACUACAUUCCUUCUCUAUCAAAGGUCCUGAAGAGGAAGGUCCUAAAACAGUGAAGUUUUUCUCAAACAAAGAGCACAUGUGCUUCAGCAAUGUCAAUGAUUUUCCUCCAAGUGACACCGCCGAACUAACUGAAGAAAACCUCAAGGGUAAACCGGUGGUUCUUAAAUAUGUCAAGUUUCAGAAUGUUCGUAGGUAA